UCCGGAGCUGCCGCCGCCUGCGGGCCUUGGCCAUGGCGUCCCCGGCCAUCGGGCAGCGUCCCUACCCGCUGCUCCUAGACCCGGAGCCGCCGCGGUAUCUGCCGAGCCUGGGUGGCACCGAGCCGCCCCCUCCCGCCCGGCCGCGCCGCUGCAUCCCCACGACCCUGAUCCCCGCGUCUGGGGGGUCAGAGGGUCGGGGUGGCAGGAGGAGUGCCCGGGGGGACCCCGAGCCCACGCCCCGGGACUGCCGACACGCUCGCCCUGUCCGGCCGGGUCUGCAGCAGAGACUGCGGCGGCGACCUGGCUCGCACCGACCCCGCGACGUGAGGAGCAUCUUCGAGCAGCCGCAGGAUCCUCGCGUCUUGGCGGAGAGAGGCGAGGGGCACCGUUUCGUGGAACUGGCGCUGCGGGGCGGCCCGGGCUGGUGUGACCUGUGCGGACGAGAGGUGCUGCGGCAGGCGCUGCGCUGCGCUAACUGUAAAUUCACCUGCCACCCAGAGUGCCGCAGCCUGAUCCAGCUGGACUGCAGACAGAAGGAGGGCGCUGCCCUGGAUAGACGCUCUCCAGAAAGCACCCUCACCCCGACCUUCAACCAGAAUGUCUGUAAGGCAGUGGAGGAGACACAGCACCCACCCACGAUACAGGACAUCAGGCAGAAGAUUGACAGCUAUAACAGCAGGGAGAAGCACUGCCUGGGCAUGAAGUUGAGUGAAGAUGGCACCUACACGGGUUUCAUCAAAGUGCAUUUGAAACUCCGGCGGCCAGUGACGGUGCCUGCCGGGAUCCGGCCCCAGUCCAUCUAUGAUGCCAUUAAGGAAGUGAACCCGGCAGCCACCACGGACAAGCGGACAUCCUUCUACCUGCCACUUGACGCCAUCAAGCAGCUACAUAUCAGCAGCACCACCACUGUCAGUGAGGUCAUCCAGGGGCUGCUCAAGAAGUUCAUGGUUGUGGACAACCCACAGAAGUUUGCACUUUUUAAGCGGAUACACAAGGAUGGACAAGUGCUCUUCCAGAAGCUCUCCAUUGCCGACUGCCCUCUCUACCUUCGUCUGCUCGCUGGGCCUGACACCGACGUUCUCAGCUUUGUGCUAAAGGAGAAUGAAACUGGAGAGGUGGAGUGGGAUGCCUUUUCCAUUCCUGAACUCCAGAACUUCUUAACUAUCCUGGAAAAAGAGGAGCAGGACAAGCUCCACCAGCUGCAGAAGAAGUACAACAAAUUCCGUCAGAAACUGGAGGAGGCGCUACGGGAGUCCCAGGGGAAGCCUGGGUAGCCAGCCAACUUCCUGUCCUCUCCGUGCCCUCCAAUUUAUUUUACUGUUAAUUAUUUUGGAACUUACAGUUAUUGUCAAGACACCUCUGGUGGGUCCAUCUGUGCCUGCCCAGCAGUUAAUAGAUGUGGCAGUCUCAUCCACAGGUGUCAAUGCAGGGUUCGAUUCCUGCUGACCCACCACACCAUGGCUCUGGAGAGCUCCGCCUGGGAACAGAACUUGCGUGGAAUGACCAGUAUUUCCCCUGCUCAGUCUGCUGGCUUCUCAGAAACCAAAUAGUUGCCUCUCUGGUCACCAAACUCCAAUCAACCACCAGCCGGCAAAAGGAGAGAAAGGUUUCAGAGCCUGUGUUCUUUCUCUGGAUUCAAUUCUUCAGGUUUUUUCCCCCCCACUAUAGUAUAAUUUAAGGGUCCAGUGUGGCAUAAAGCAAGAAAAUGCUCACGAAAGGACUGUCCUUUCCCCAAGGUGCCUCUUCUUCGCUAGUACUAGACACUCAGGGUCAGCCUGAGAUCUCCAGAAGCUACAGCCUGACCAGGCCUUCUCUUACCCAGCAGGCUGUGUGCAUGCAAACCCAAAGACAUAAGCACAUUUGUGUGUUAUUUCAGUCAUGUCUCUGUCUAAUGUUUGCUAUAUUAAAAUUUUAGUUUAAUGUUGUCAUCCUUAUGGGUUUCUACCAAAGAGAAACCAGCCACGUAUCAAUUUUAGUUUCCUGCUGAGUUGCCAGAAAGUAUUCCAGAGAAGCACAUCCAAGCUGUCUGUGGCCUGCGCCUGUGUGGGGGCCUGGGCGGCUCUCCUUGGCCUUCAGCUCCACCUCCACCUCGGGCUUUAGGAUCUCCAGCUGGCUGUCGCCUGAGUAGUAGCUUUGAUUCCGGUGGUAUGGUUCUCCAACUUGGAGUUCUUUCUGGUGGGAAGCACAAUCUGCUCACAGCGCAACACUGAGCCAACCGGUGGGCCUGACUUCCCUGGUGACUUCAGUGCCUUUUUGUUGGCAGAGAAAAGAGCGGGGCACUUUGCUUGAUGCUCUCCUGCCGGCUUGCCCGGGGCAGGAAGCGGACAAUGGUGCUACAGAGCCCAGGACAGAGCCUCAGAGCACAGGCUGACAGACGAUCACAUGCCUCUUUGCCGAAGAGCUUCCUGAGCAGGCUUUGGCGAUGCGAGUUAUUAGACUGCACUGACAGCAUCAUAUUAUGACUCCAAGUCUUGACUAGUUCAAACUUAAAACAGCCAGAGUAGCAGGACUGCAAAGACACUCCAUACAGAGGAAAAAACAAAACAAAAC